AUGCGUUUCACUAUCUCCUCCGCGACAGCCCUUUUGGGUCUUGUCGCUUCGUCUACAGCCCAGCGAACCACCGCAUACACCGACCCCAAGACCGGUAUCGACUUCCAGCGCCUCGUGGAGAAGGACUUUAGCAUGGGUAUCGCCGUCCCCGAGACUCUCGGCAAGGACUUGAUCGCUCAGCUGGUCGUUCCUGUUGCAAAGGAAGGAUGGGGAGGUAUUUCUUUCCGAGGCGGUAUGGUCGGUGGUCUUCUCUUUGUCGCUUGGCCCAACGGCGAAGAUAUUGUCACCAGUUUCCGUAUGGCUGCAUCGUACGCCAACCCUGAUACCUACACCAACACUACUGUCAAGGCGACACCCAUUCCCGAGGGUACCUUUGUCAACAGCACUCACUUCUCAUACACCUUCCUCUGUGAGGGCUGUGUUGAGGAAAAGGUUACAAGUCUCACUGGAGAGUCACCUGUCGUUGGUUACGCUUACUCCACCAUCGCUGUCGACGCUCCUGCUGAGCCCGAGAGUGCCCUUUCAUACCACGGUGCCGGUUUCGGUCAGGGUGGUCUUGACAUCAAGGCUGCUGCAUCUGCCAAGUUCGCUGACUGGGCUGCUAUGGCCAAGGACUCUGCUCCUACUCCUCCCGGUGGCGGUUCCGGUGGAAACGGCACUAUCCCUGUUCCCGGCAACUCUACCAUUACUCCUCCUACCACCUCCAACAUCACCUACGAUGUCAUUGUCGUUGGUGGUGGCCCAGCUGGUAUCAUCGCCGCUGAGCGACUCGCCGAGACAGGCGUCAGUGUUCUUCUUAUCGAGCGCGGCCCCGCCAACACCGUCGCCCUCGGAAACACACAGCAAGCUCUCCCCUGGAACAACACCCUCACUCCCUACGACAUCCCCGCCAUGGGUAGCAGCCUGGGCAGCAUGUCUGGCACCAAGUUCUGCAGUGACACUGCUUCCACAGCUGGGUGUCUCCUCGGUGGAUCCAGCUCCAUCAACGGUCUCAACUUCAUCCACCCACCUGAGCGUGAUUUCCAGCGCUGGCCCAAGGGCUGGGGCUGGGCUGACAUGUCGGCUGCUGCUGAGCGUCUGUACGAGCGCAACCCUGGAACGACUCUUCCUUCUGAUGAUGGAAAGUACUACAAUGACAUGACUUUCAAGGUUCUCGAGAAGUACCUGAGUGCCAAGGGCUGGAAGGAAGUUGAUUCCAUCAAGCAGCCCAACGAGAAGCAUGAGGUUUACUCUCGCUGCUCGUGGUCCAUCAAGGAUAACAUGCGCGCUGGUCCUGCCCGAACUUACAUGCCCUUUGCCAAGGCUCUUCCCAACUUUACCCUCAAGCUUGAAACCAAGGUUAUCCAGCCUAUCCGAUCUGGUAGCAUGAUCACCGGUGUUCUCACGCAAGCUGCCGAUGGUAGCAAGCAGAUUAUCAAGGUCAAGGCUGGUGGUAAAGUUGUUCUCGCUGGUGGUGCCAUGUCCACUCCCCGUCUUCUCUGGAACGCUGGUAUCGGCAAGUCUGAUGCUUUGGCUAUUGUCAAAGAGGGUGCUGCUCGAACUGGUGUCACUCUCCCUCCUGCUUCGGAGUUCAUCGAUCUCCCCGUCGGCCACCACCUCCAGGACCACGCGCAGGUCAUGCUCCAGUUCAAGACCAAGAGCAACUUUACCGCUUACAAGUUCAACGACAUUGGUACCAAGCCUGUUGCCUCUGAUCUGGACCUGUACAUGCAAGGUUCCGGCCCCAUCACCCAGGCUGCCCAGCGCAUGCACCUUUGGACUUCUGCCGAGGGCGCUGAUGGCCGUGUUCGUUACCUUCAAGGUACAGCUAGUGCCAUGGCCGACGGUAUCAUCACCGUCCGUACAUUCUUGACCCACGGUACUUCCACCGUUGGAGAGCUCGGUAUCGCUGCUGGUGGAAACACUCUCCUCAAGACAAAGCCCUGGUUGAUUGACCAAGAGGAUCGCAAGGCCAUGGGUGAUUUUAUCCAGUACUGGUUGGAUCUUGUUAGUGGUAGCAACUCUACCCUCUCUUACAUCACUCCCGGCGCUACUGUUGAUGAUAUUCUCGCAACCAAGAUGAUCAGCGGUGAUCACUGGAUGGGCAGUGCCAAGAUGGGCGUUGACGACGGCCGUAAAGCCAACGGAAGCAGUGUCGUGGAUCUUAACACCAAGGUUUAUGGUACCGACAAUCUCUUUGUUGUUGACGCAAGCCUUCACCCUGAUCUUCCCACUGGAAACACUCAGUCGAUUAUCAUGAUUGCGGCUGAGCACGCUGCUGAGAAGAUUGCUGCUAUCAAGGUUGUCGGUGGAGGUAGCAACUCUACCAUUCCCGAGCCUGUGUCUCCUACUCCUACCCCUGUUGCCAUCCCUUCCAAGGGUGCCAAGUACAAGCGAGCUAUUCGUCGUGCUGCACGAAGGUCCAUUGACUUUCGAAGACGAUCAGUUUACUGA